AGACGCCCCCGCGGCCCCGCAGCUCCCAGACGCCUCCGCGGCCGCCUCAGCUCCCAGACGCCUCCGCGGCCCCUCAGUGGGCCGUGGCCAUGGUGCGGGGCAGCGGGCUGCGACUCCGGCAGUAUGGAAACUUCAUCGAUAACCUGAGACUCUUCACCCAAGGAGGAACUGGGGGGAUGGGUUACCCACGAUUAGGCGGAGAAGGUGGGAAAGGGGGUGACGUAUGGGUUGUGGCCCAGAAGGGAAUGACCUUGAAGAAAAUAAAAGACCUGUAUCCCCAAAAACGGUUCGUGGCAGAAAGAGGAGCGAACAGUCAGGUUCGGGCAUUGAAAGGUCAGAAAGGAAAGGACCGAGCCAUCCCUGCCCCUGUGGGCAUAUCAGUAACUGAUGAAAGCGGCAGAGUUAUUGGAGAACUCAACAAAGACAAAGACAAAGUUCUGGUAGCUCAAGGAGGUCUUGGUGGUUGCUUGCUUUCAAAUUUCCUACCCCUGAAAGGCCAGAAAAGGAUUAUUAACCUUGAUUUAAAGCUGAUAGCCGAUAUAGGCCUAGUGGGAUUCCCAAAUGCUGGAAAAUCUUCUUUGCUGAGUAAGGUGUCACACGCCCACCCUGAGAUUGCAGAUUACGCGUUUACCACAGUAAAACCUGAAUUGGGGAAGAUCAUGUUCCCAGACCACAAGCAGAUCUCAGUGGCCGACCUUCCGGGUUUGAUUGAAGGAGCGCACAUGAACCGAGGGAUGGGUCAUCGGUUCCUCAAGCACGUGGAGAGGACGAAGCAGCUUCUCUUUGUGGUUGACGUCUCUGGAUUUCAGCUCUCGUCCCAUUCUCCGUUCAGAACUGCCUUUGAAACGAUCGCUCUGCUCACCAAGGAAUUGGAGCUGUACCAGGAGGAACUCCAGGCAAAGCCCUCACUUCUUGUGAUCAACAAAAUGGAUUUGCCAGACGCUGAAGAGAAAUGCGAGGAGCUUCUGAACCAGCUGAAGGCUCCCAGAGAAUUUCUGCACUCAUUGGAGAGGGACAUGGUGCCCACAAAACUUCCAGACUUCAAGCACGUCGUGCCAGUCUCAGCCCUGAUGGGGGAAGGGAUCGAAGAGCUGAAGGUCUGCAUCAGGAAAUCUCUUGACGACAUUGCCAGUCAGGGCCAGGAAGAUGACCACAGAGAAAGACUCCGUAAUUUACAGGCGACAGAAUUAGUAUUCAGUGCCACGUCGUGCGAGCCCGCCCCAGCCGGGACGACUGGCAAGGCUAUAAAGUGAAUCUGGCUGAAUGAAACGUGACCGUUGCCGUUGA